AUGCUCCGGCUGCUCGGCCAUGGCCCCCCCCCUCCUCUUCUCCUUCUCCUUCUUCUCCUCCUCCCCCUCUCUACUCCAGCACUUCAGCCGCUUCCACACAGCACAGUCUCUCUGCCUUCACCGUCCUCAGCUCCGCAACCCAGCUCCUUCCAAUCUCACUGCUACCCGGCUGUAAUGGCCCUGCGUGGCGGGAGAGGAGACAGUAUCAAGGCCAAAGAUCUCCGGGAUAAGACCAUCGAUGAGCUAAGUCAGCUCGAGCAGGAGCUUCGUUCCGAGCUAAUGUCACUGCGGGUUGCGCAGCAGGUUGGAGGUCAGCCAGGCAGAGUGAACAAGAUCAAAACCGUUCGAAAGAACAUCGCUCGCGUCUUGACUGUCAUGAACGUGGGCAAGAAGCACAAGGCCAAGGACAUCAGGAUGAACAGGCAUUGGCCCAAAGCCUGGAGGACGAGGCUCACCAAAAAAGAGAAGUCGAUCAAAUCGGAGAAAGCAAAGAGAUGCUUGAAGCUCAAGAUCUGGGGAGGAGGGGUGAGGCCUAUGAGGAGGGUGGUGCUCACGGAGCCGCUUCCUCCUCCUAUUCUUGAUGUUGUGGACUAUAGCAUUGAGAGAACAUUCGAGAAGUAUCCCCGCCGCAGGAAAGGAGCUAAGGGUCGUCAUACGGCAACCGGACACAUCCCAGAGCAUGCGAAGUUGGCGAUGGAUAAGAAGAAGUUGAAGUGGAAAGAGGAGAACAAGCGCCUCAAGGCCUUACGGCAAAAACAAGACCAGAUGGCAGAAGAAUAA